AUGUCUAAUAUACAAGAUUCAGAUUUUGCAGGCUAUUCUCCCAGACUUGGUUCAAUAACACCCACAAUAGCAACAUCUGCAUUGUCACAGUCUGAGAUAUUAGCUAGAAUGGACAAUAAUAACAUCCGCGAGGGACUCGGCAGUUUGAAUCGUUGGUCACAGUCAACGGUAUCUAGCAGCAGUUCGCCAGAAAAUCAUCAUCACUUCGCUGGAUCCAUGUCUAGGUCACAUUCUCCUUCUGCUAAUUAUAGCGCCCCCAACAAUAAGAAUAUUGAUAACCCUCCGGAGAGUUACGUGACUCGUGAAACGGGAUCACAUUAUUACUGUCAAGCUACGAAAAUGUCGAAUAAUAGUGACCAGUCGCCCCCCUCCCUGUCUUUGGCCACAUCUAGCCAUGAAGAUAACUCUGCACCCGACCUAUCUGACCUAUCUGGGGUGCUGUCAACAUUUUCAGUCGGCAUUCUCACAGCAACCCCGGUGCAACCCGGCGCGGCAUCUCCUGAUUCUACCAAAAUGUCUCCUAGCCUAUUUCAGAAUCCUUGGAUGAAGGGCCGCAUUUCGGGUUCCAGUUUAGAGCUUCAGACUGGAGCUCUGCCAGCUUGCUCAGGUUUAGAGACACACAGCCCGCGGGCACAGAAAUCUGAAGCUGCAAACGAGGAGAGUCCAAUCUUAGUUUCCGGGAAGGGUCGAGGCCAGGAGAGAAGACGGGGUCAGUCCCAAAAAGUAAUGCUUUCAAAAGCGUUGCAGAAAGCGAACACGGCAGUGCUCCUUGAUAACGCGGCAAAUUUUGAAGGCGCUAUGGAGGCUUACAAUGAUGCGUGUCAACUGCUUCAAUUGGUAAUGCUUCGGAGCGAUGGCGGUGAAGAUGAGAAACUAAAGCUCCAGGAGAUACGCGAUACCUAUAUGGUUCGAGUCAACGAGCUUCAACGUAUGGACUUUUCCUUUCACGACUUGGAUAGUAAAGCUCUCCCCGAACGCCCGCUCAGCCAGGAGUCUUAUGGUGAGUCGUAUCAUCCGAUAUACGAUGGGGAAAAUGAGACAUCAUCUGCGGAUGAAUUUGCCUGUUUCAAGCGCAAGUCUGGCGCUCGACCAAUCGAUCAGCCACAACGUCAAUCACUACUUCCAUCGCUCUUAGGUGACUAUAGACAGGAUGCAGCAGACUUAUCGGAAUUCAACAUUCACUCUCGGUCCCAAUCUGUCUCCCGAGACGGGUGCAUGGGCACUCCUGUGGGGCCAGAACUUCGAGCCUUGGAAGGGGACCCAUCUUAUGAUGCCGGCGGCCACUGCGAUUUAUGCUUAUCGAGUAAUCAUGCUAGGGAUGCCAACGAAUCGACCUCUUGGCUAGACACUAUUGAUGAAUCUGGUGCUUCUUCCUCAGCCUCUACGUACUCAGAAACGUUGUCUAUUCAUCUACGGCAUGGAAAAAGCCGUCGUCCAACCGUUGGUACCGAGGCCGAGUUUGAUGCCGCCCUUGAUGCUGCCGUGGAGGCUGCAUAUGAUGAAGGCCUAGAACCAGCAAUCGACUCGGACAAUAAUCACGAUAGCAAUGACGUUAUAGCCAACGCUCGAAGAAAUGUCGAAAUGGCGAAGCAGAAAGUAAGGGAAGCCGAACGGGAAGCAGAGUUGGCCCUAGCACGUGGACGCGAAAUACGACAUCUGCAAGACCAGACAUUACUGGACAGCGCAAGUGGGCUAGACUCAGAUUAUCUAGAUGAAGAGGCGGAAGAGGAGGAGCGAUUGUUGGAAGAAAUGACCAAAGGCUAUAUCAUGGAUGACUUUGAAUUCGGUAUACAGUCCAAGUCCGCCCUUCCUCGUCAGUCAAGCUUGAACAGCUUCUCGGGCAGGAUGUGGGAGAGCCCAAGUGCCUCCAACGCUAUGAAAGCCAGUGCAAAUCUAUCCACUCUGGCGGAAGAUGGCAUCAUUUCUCUAGCCGAUGAAAGGGUUAUUGAUUAUGGCAUAUCACAAUCUCAAAAACGUGACACUUCACCGCCUCCGAUGAAAUCUACGCAUGACCCAGUUUCAGUGUCAGGGGUACGAGCAAGAAGAAUGUCAGCUCAGCACACUGAAUUAAAGAUUGAAACAAACACCCAUGUCAACAGUCACAUCAAUACUCCUAUGCACGGGGACCCUUUAAGCCUCCAACCUCCACCAGUUCCCAAAGAUGAUCUAGCGCCAAGCUCUUCUACCACUCACUUGAGUAGAUCAUUGGGUCCUCCUUCAGCGUUACGAUCAAUUAUUCACACCAGGAAACAAAAUGCCUCGAUCGGGUCUUUUACGGAAGACACUCUGACGAAUUUCAAUUUAGAAAAGGUCCUUUUACAAAAUGAUAGCGGCGAGGGGCUACCAAAAGAUUCAUCUCCAACGCGCCAUAUCGGUAAAGUGCCUUCAGCACCGGACAAUUUGGGCAAGCUCAAUGCAGGUCCGGUGCCCUCGUGGAUGAGAAAUGUGCCAGUUUCGGGACCCGAACUGGCUUCUGAGUCUCCGAAUACCCCAUCAGGCAAUACAUUUCCCCCCGGGUUGGACACACAUAAAGGGCCGAUAACUGCCUCAGUACCUAUAUUGCCCACACCAACUGGAAAUAGUAUAUCUGCAAAUGGUUUACCAAGUGGAGGACUUAAGUUAUUUGAUAGCCACAUUCAUUCGCCAACUCGUCCGGGAUCUCCCAACUUGAUGGCAGCUGACCCCCCUGUUCCGUUGGAGCCAUGCCCCGAGUCAUUCCUUCUGCGUCCUUUUUGGCUAAUGCGAUGUAUCCGCCAGACAAUCACGCAUCCCCGUGGAGGUUAUUUGUCGACAAAGCUUUUUAUUCCACGGGAGGUAUGGCGCGUUAAAAAUGUGAAGAUUAAGGCAGUUGAAGAGAAGGUGUCAAAUUGCGACUUACUAACAGCAGCAUUACUCAAAUUGGCGAAGGUCGACGCCUACGAUGCUGACGCCAUUUUGGAAGAAAUGCAAUCCCUGGAGAGUGUCCUUGAUCAGGUGCAGAUGUCACUGUCAAAGAAGAUAGGGAGUGAAGUCGGUGUGCAGGGCGCCGUGCCACUAUUUAAAUCAACUCAAGCUUCUGAUGAUGCAGCAGCCAUGGAUAUCCUGCCUUCGAAAUCUUCCAAUGGGCCAAGCAAAUCAUACCUGACAUCCUGGCGCAAGUUGCGUUCAAAAAAUUCGGGUCUUGGCGCUGCCACUUCACUGCCCAUGUCGAAGGAACCCAGUAAAGACAAUUUAACCAUAAACACCAUCCCGAUGACAUCCUUGCCUAUUUCACAUCCUGUAAGGCACAGUUCGUUGCCAUUGCAAUACAACAGUCCCAAUAACUACAUGGGAGCCCUAGCCCGGCUUUGCGAUGCGGCUCAAGUAUUGGAUCAAAUAGCUCAACAGGUUGAAGACCCGGGUCUCAAGCAUUCCUCCCCUACGCUUGUGGGCCUGGAAUUGAGCACACGUCACGCCGCGGAGUUCUUUGGAUUCUAUGUAUGUCGGUUUGCUCUAAACGAUAUUGGCAUGAUGCUUGAUAAGUUCAUCAAAAGGGGCAGUGAGUGGGUACUUGUCUAA